CGCCACCUUCGAAGCUCCAGCUCGAUUGGAACAUUGGAACCCCCCAUCAUCACGAUCAAUACGAUCAUCAAACGCAAACAUGGCUGAUCCCGAAAUCGCGACGAAGGCUCCUGAGAGCGAUGCCACAGAGGAGACGACAGCAACCUUGAUUCCUGGGGAUACUCCUGCACAAAAGGGUGCCAGCCUUGGUGAACACUGCGUGACCGACAGACCGACUCCUUUUGGCGCAGGACCCAGUGGAGAGAUGACCCAGCUCGGAGGAAUUGAUUGCUAUAUUUCGAAACCUGCCAACUAUCCUCAUGCACCAUCGAAGCUGCUGCUCUACUUGUCCAGCGGGACGGGACUUCACUCAGAGAACAGUCAAAUACAGGCUGAUCUCUAUGCCAGGGAGGGCUAUCUCGUCGUGCUGCCAGACAUGUUCAACAACGAUCCUAUACCCGGCUCUGCUACAUAUGAAGAGGAGAAGGACCCAUCGUGGAUUGAGCAAGUUAAGAUGCGGUUGGCGGAUACCUCCAAGUCAUUCUUGAUCGACAUGUGGUUGGCCAGACAAACCCCAGAAAAAGUUCUUCCAAUCCUUCACAAAGUCAUUGAUGCGGCCAAGGACGAGUUUGCCGAUGCCGUUGCGAAUGGAGGUGGAAUAUAUUCUGUAGGUUAUUGCUUCGGUGGAAGAAUGACUUUGCUUCUUGCUGGCGAGAAGCCAGAUACCGUUGCAUGGGGCCAACAAGUUAAGGACGAAGAGGCUGGCGUAGUAAAGAAAGGACCUUACAUCAAAACUGGAGCUAUUGCUCAUGCGACUUUGGUAGGGAAGGAGGAUUUUGAGGGUACCAAGUCACCAUUGGCUUUCAUUUGCGUGGAGAAUGAUCAGCUUUUUGAUGAAGAGGUUCGAGAAUAUGGUGAGAAGUAUCUGAAGGAGCAUAAUGUUGAGAACGAAUUCAAGACAUAUUCGGGUGUUCCGCAUGGAUUUGGAGUUGUUGGAGAGUACGAGGAUGCGGAGAUCAAGACAGCACAAGCUGAAGCGUUUGAUCAAAUGUUGGCUUGGUUGAAGACUCAUUGAGCUUGAGAAUUGGGUAUGGCGUUCGGCUUAUAUCACGGAUUGCUAAGUGAAUGGGACUUAUAUGGAUGAUUUACGAACAAGUUCCCUUUGACUUCUUCCAGUCCUUGAUCAAGCCCACGAGCUAGGAUGAUACUUACGGGAAAUCCGUGGUCAGGUGAUCUCCAAAGAACUUUUACUUCCUAUGUGAGCAGUUGAA